ACUGCUUUUGAAAUUUGCGUUGUUUUGUCGGUUAACGAGUGACGAUUCUAAAACCAUGAUCAUGCAAGUCUGAUUUUUUAUUAAUAACAAGUUGGUUUAUUUUAUUAAUUUCUUUAGUUUUAAGUAACAAUCAUGUCUCACAAAACUGCAAAAAAGAAACGUUUGAAAACUUCGCAAGAUGCAAGUUGUUUACUGAAGCAGAAAGACCGCGAUAAUGAUAAUUGUUUAAAUUUUAACGCUGAAAAAUACGAUGAAAAUGAGGUAUCAUAUACGCUUAAAAAUAUUCUAGUCAACACAAAUUCCAGAAUCGUUGGAAAAAAAUAUAAAACUGAUGAAUCGAGUAAUUUUACACCUUUAAAAAAAUCAAAAUGCAGCCCUUUACAAUUCCUGCCAAUUUCUAAACAAGUGGAAAAUGUCAUUAAUCCAUGUUCUAAAGACUCAAGUUAUAAAAAUUCUUCGACAAGUCUGUCAGUUGCAAGAUCGUAUAAAUGUUUUGCAUCUUUUAAAAAUAAUAAAAGUGAUAUUUUCAAUAAUAUCACUGCUAGCUUUUGCAGCUCAAAAAUAUUGAGCGGUCAGAUAUUGAGUGAUAUAGAUAGUCAGAAACGUCUUGAAUUAUCCAGUUGGGGCUUACCUCCAUUAAUAGUAGAGAGAUAUGAAGCUCGUGGAAUCAAAUCUAUGUUUCCAUGGCAAGUAGAGUGUUUGGCCAAUAAGAAAAUUUUAGAAGAAAACAAAAAUUUAGUAUACUCAGCUCCAACAUCAGCUGGUAAAACACUGGUAGCUGAAUUUCUUAUGCUCAAGACAGUUUUAGAAAAAAAAAAGAAAGCAAUAUUCAUUUUGCCAUUUGUUUCUGUUGUCAGAGAAAAGAUGUUCUAUUUUCAAGAUCUACUGUCUGAUAGUGGUGUUAGAGUGGAAGGUUUUAUGGGAGGAGUGGCUCCUCCUGGAGGUUUCUCAUCUGUUCACAUUGCAAUAGCAACAAUCGAGAAAGCUAAUUCAAUAAUUAAUCGACUAAUGGAAGAUGGAGAUUUGAUGACUCUGGGAGCUGUUAUCAUUGAUGAAUUACACUUGCUUGGUGAUCCAAGUCGAGGCUACAUAUUAGAAUUGCUUUUAACAAAACUAAAAUACAUGAGUAUAAAUUUGGAACAUGUAGACAUUCAGUUGAUCGGCAUGUCAGCAACACUUCCAAAUCUUUCAUUAAUAGCAGACUGGUUGGAUGCAGAACUGUACAAAACUGACUUUCGACCAAUUCCUUUGAAUGAACUAUGCAAGAUAGGUCUUUCUCUGUAUGAUUCAAAGAUGAAUGCAAUUAAAGAAUUGCCAAUGGCUACAGACAUAGUGAAUGAUACAGAUAAUAUCAUUCAAUUGUGUAUAGAAACGAUUGAUGGAGGUCACGGUGUUUUAAUAUUUUGCCCAACUAAAAAUUGGUGCGAGAAGUUGUCUAUUCAAAUGGCAUCAACUUUUUUACAAUUAGGUCGUGAUAACACAUUUCACGGUCAAAUUUUGCGGAAAAAUAUCGAUCUAGCAGCAGUUCAAGAAAUAUUGGCUCAACUUCAACAUUGCCCGGUUGGGCUAGAUAACGUAUUGAAGAGGACAGUGUCUUUCGGAGUAGCAUUUCAUCACGCUGGUUUAACUAUGGACGAACGCGAUAUAAUUGAGGGAGCUUUUCGAAUAGGAGCGCUCAAAGUUCUGAUAGCAACGUCGACAUUGAGUAGCGGUGUGAAUUUACCCGCCAGAAGAGUCAUUAUACGCUCGCCAAUUUUUAACGGCAAGCCUUUGGAUAAAUUAACAUAUCAACAAAUGAUUGGGCGAGCUGGUCGUAUGGGAAAAGACACUCAAGGCGAAAGUAUUCUCAUUUGUAAACCAAACGAGCGGCCAAUAGGUAUCAAUUUAAUGAGCUCAACUUUGGAACCAAUUGAGUCGUGUUUAGAGGAUUCAGGUCCUUUAAUACGAGCCCUUCUCGAGGCCAUUGCCAGUCAAGUGGUGCGCACCCCUCGAGAUCUCGAUUUGUACAGCAAGUGUACGUUUGUCUUCAAAUGUGCAAGUGAUCAAGUGAAAGAAAUGGUUGACGAAGCUGUGCACUUUCUCAUUUCAAAUGAAUUUUUACAAUUCAAGAACUCAGAAGAGAACGAGCAAAGAAUCGUGGCAACCUGUUUAGGAAAAGCCUGCUUGUCAGCCUCGAUCGCACCGCGCGAGGGACUUUUCCUGUUCGAGGAGCUGCAACGAGCUCGGAAAUGCUUCGUCCUGGACACCGAAUUGCAUGUGAUCUAUUUGGUGACCCCAUUCAACACUGGCAGCCAGAUAAGUACGAUUGAUUGGAUGUCUUACGCCGAGCUUUGGAGGUCCUUGUCGGAGAGCGAAAAGCGCGUUGGGCAGCUUGUGGGUGUCGAAGAAAGAUUUUUGAUGGCAGCUGUGCGUGGCAUUGUCAAGCCCAGCAAAGCUUUAAACAUUCAUCGUCGAUUUUUCACUGCAAUGGCGCUACACGAUUUGGUUCGCGAAGUGCCACUGAACACCGUUUGCAAAAAAUACAAUUGCAAUCGCGGUUUAUUGCAGAGCCUACAGCAAUCAUCGUCAACCUUUGCAGGUAUGGUGACGAAUUUUUGCAAGGAGCUAAAGUGGGACUGCAUGGAGCUUCUUUUUGCGCAAUUUCAAACUCGACUACAUUUUGGCGUGAGCAGAGAUUUGCUUGAUCUUUUACGAGUGCCUAGCUUAAACGGUCUUCGUGCUCGAAGCUUAUACAAGCAUGGUAUCACAACUGUUGCUGAACUUGCGUUCGCUAAUAAGCUAGACAUCGAAGAGGCACUGAAUAAAGCUCUUCCCUUCGAAAGCGAAAAAGACUUCGACGGAGAGACUGAAGCUGAAAUCGCAAAGAAAACUAAAAUGAGAACAGUUUUUAUCACUGGAAAAGACGGCUUAACUGCCCACGAAGCGGCAGAUCUCGUCAUCAGAGAAGCUAGAACCUUACUUCAGAACGAGCUAGGGAUUCGCGAUAUGCAGUGGAGACAAGCUCACAGCAACGUCAACCCGUCCGAACCAAGCUCACCAGAUGGGAACAGAAUUGCUUUAAAAUCAUCUAGCAUACUAAGUAUCAUCACUCCUACGAGAUCUAUAUCAGUACAAGACCAUCCAGUAUUUCAAAUAAAUUUAGCCAUUGAAAAAACACCUGACGGGCCUUUGAAAGUUUUUCAGAAACAAAGCUACGAUAUUGUCGAUAAAUCUCUAUCUAUCAGCAAUGAAAAUCUUUCCGCGUCUACAAACGAAGUCAACGAAAACAAACAGACAGAAUCUCGAAAUUCUCACGCAAGUGCUACUGAAUAUCUCUCUAAAGCUAACGAAAAUGCGUCAAUACUUCCCGGAAUACGCGUUAUUAGCCAGUGUAAAAAUCAACAAUCAAGCUCUCGAAUUCUUAGAUCCCAUUCCGAAAAAGCUAAAAGUUUAAUAAAGGACAAUCAUAUUGCUAUAUGUACACAAGACUCUUUAGACAGUAAUAAUUCACCAAAACUUUCUAAAAAAGAAAAUACUUUGGUAAAGGGGAGUCACAUUGCUGUAUCUACACAAGACUUCUUAAAGAAUACCGACUCACCCAACCACCAAAAAAAAGCAGGUAGUUCUCUGAAUAAAAAUUGCGUUACUAUUCGCUCUCAAAAUUUUGGUGUUUUUCAAAUGGAAAAGCAGGAAAAAGCUCAAGAUAAUCAAAUGUCAGAAUCUUUCGUUAUCAGUGAGUGUGCUUUAGAAGAAAUGAUGCAAGCUGUCGAAAAACAAAAUAUCAAGAAUACCGUACCAAUGCCUGUACCUAUUAUCGACGGAAAGGCAAAUUACGAGAAACCAAGGAUUUCGGCGGGUUCUAAUUGUACCAAGAGUCCCAGUCUCUUUAGCGAUAGUUCAUUUUUGGAUCCCCAAAUUUGCAGUAUUUUGGAGCAAAAUGUCAUUGAUCCCAAUUGUUUCGCUGACUUUGAAAAGAGCAGUUUUACUCAGCAAAAGGCAGAAGCGACGAAAACUUUUGCAAAUGAUAGGUCAAUUGAAGUAUUUAAAAAAACUGUUACGACACCUAAACUUCCCGACAAAAGUAUCAACAUCGACAAUGCAACACCACCAAAACGUAACAAUAAUGAGAGUAAAACAAAAGAAGAACCCGACAAGAAAUUAAACAAUACAAAUCGAAAAAAUAGCUCUUUGGAUAAAUGUACUCAAAUAAAUUGUUUAAAAAAAAUCUCACAACCACUAACUUGGGUAGAAGAUUCUUGGGAUCAGUCUAAAAACUUGCCAUUUAACGAAAAGAAAAGUAAAGAGGAUAAAGAAAAACAGAGUCCGUCGCUUCUGCAGACUUCUAGACUAAAAACGCGACUUAAGACAAUAGCCGCAACUCAGGCAGCUCUUAGCAAGAUUCAAGCUUCAACUAGUCAGUCACCGGUUAUAAGUUCACCGAUAAGCGUUUUCCGUCAUCAAAUAUUUAAUAAAAUAAGGGAAUCGCCUAUAAAGAGUGUCAGAAGUUACGAAUCUAGAAAUUUACCCUGCUCUUCCAAGAAAUCCGAUUCAGACGAAUCAAUUUUGAAUUCCCAAAGUCCACUACCAAUUAUCUUCAACAAAACUCGUAGUAGAAUUGAGAAGAAAUUAUUGGUCAACACGCAAAAACUGUUUAAAUCUCAGAAGAUUUUGAAUUUGCAAUCUAAAUAUAGCAUAGAGCAAAAAUUGGUUAAGCCUAACUCUGACUAUCGUGCAGAAAGCGACUCGAGUGAUAGCGAAGACGUAGAUAGUAUUGAGCUUUUUGAUUCGGAUGAUACGGUGAGAUCUCAAGAACAGAAGGCAAAAAAGAUUAAGAAACACGUGUCACCGACGAAUAAAACUAAACCCCUUAGAAGCGACAGUUAUUUCAGCGUGAUAAACGCAGAUGAAAAAAUUAGACCAGAGUCGAUAGUACCUGUAAACGUUGUUAAUUCAAAACGAACUUUUCGUUUAUUCCGCGAAGACAUAGAGAGUUCGUUAAAGUCUGGCCAAAGGAAUAAUUUGGCUUUAUCACUAGUUACUGAGCCACAUUUGAAAGAACCCGUGAGUACUAUUGGUAAAAGGAUCGUUGGCAUAGAAGAAAAGAAGAAAAAGGAAAAGAAAUCGAAUACGUACAUUUAUGAUGACCGGAAGCUCACUGGAGUAAUUGUUUCGUGGGGUAUUAACUCACUGUAUCACUUGCCAUUUACUAAUACUCGAGAAACUAAAAUAACAAUCAGAGAAAGAAUAAGUUUUUUGCGUGAUAUCUUAACUAAUAGAACAAUCACCAUGCGUUGCUUUAAUGCCAAAGAGGUAUACAAGAUGCUAUACGUAUGCUGCGAUAUUGAACCGUCAUGCAAAUUCUUGGAUCCAAAAACCGGAGAUUGGCUUCUCAACUCUGACACGUGUAAUAAAAGUUUAACAGAACUGACGGCUCAAUAUUUUCCGACGGGUAUCGACAUAGCAACUAUUUAUGAAAAUAAUUACAGAACUUACGCGCUCACGGGAACGAUGAAAGCUGGCAUCAAAGUGGUACUUACGUGGUAUAUAGUUGAGGGGGUUUUAAACGCUAUCAAACAGCAUUGUUCAACUUUAUUAGAAUGUUAUGAAGACAUUGAAAUGCCAACGAUUUUAAUUUUGGCAAGGAUGGAAUUGAGAGGGUUUGGCAUCAACACACCAGCAUUACAAGAACUAUCUACUGUGAUUAAAAAUGACCUAUCUCGCGCAGAGGAAGAAGCUUUUCGACUUGCAGGCCGAAAAUUUAAUUUUUAUUCAUCUAAGGAAGUGUCUCAGGUGCUUGGGCUCGUGAAAAAAGGACGAGGGUGUACGAAUAAAAAUACCUUACGAUCAUGUGAAAAUCCAAUCUCGAAGCUGGUAACACUUUGGCGAAAAUUGAGUACCGUGCAGACAAAGAUCGUUUAUCCGUUACUCCAAUUGGAAAAGAAAAAUAAACGAAUUCAUGGUAACUGUAUUACAUAUACAGUUACGGGUCGCGUUUCUAUGCAUGAGCCCAAUUUGCAAACUAUACCUCGUGAUUUUACUUCAGAAAUAAGUGGCUGCAUACUAAGUGUUCGCAUGGCAUUUGUUCCUGUAGACAGCAACGUCAUGUUAUCCGCAGACUUUUGCCAGUUAGAACUCCGAAUUUUAGCUCAUUUCUCAAAUGAUCCUGUACUGUGCAAACUCUUACAAGGACGAGGAGAUAUUUUUAAAAACAUUGCCGCAAGACUUCACGGAAUUAUGGAAGAGGGGGUCAACGAUGACAUGAGACAACGCGCUAAGCAACUAUGCUACGCUAUGAUCUACGGAAUGGGCGUAAAGUCAUUAGCGGAAUCUCUCUUCGUAAGUGAAUCUGAAGCCAAAGAUUAUUUGGAGUCGUUCAUGGGAACUUACAAAGGAAUUCGCAGCUGGUUGAACAGUGCCAUUGAGCAAGCUAGACUUGACGGUUUUGUGUCGACUUUAACUGGCCGACGCCGAAGUUUGCCUGGCAUUAACAGUAAAAUUUCAUCGAUCAAAUUGCAAGCAGAACGUCAAGCUGUCAAUACAAAAGUUCAAGGUUCGGCAGCGGAUAUCACGAAGAAAGCUAUGGUUCUCAUCGAAAAUAAACUGAAAGAUAAAUUUUCACAUAUGCCGAUGACUUUUCCAACGACACAAGAUAAAAGAAAGUUACGUAGUACUGACGAAGACUCGCAACUGCGCGGUGCUUACUUGGUAUUACAACUCCACGAUGAAUUACUUUAUGAGGUGAAUUCAAGAGAUUUACAACAAGUCGUCAGCAUAAUCAAAGAAUCCAUGGAACAUGCUUUUCAACUUCGCGUACCGUUACCAGUCAAAAUCAAAGUUGGUUCAGCUUGGGGCAAUCUUGAAGAGUAUCAAACUUAA